AUGACGGAGUUGAAGGAAGAAACAGUGUUUCGUGAUUUUGUAGCCGAGGUCGAAAAAUCGCCUGUAUUUAGUAACAGCCUUCAGAAUUGCGAAUUACUAUUAAAUGAUAAUAAUGAAGCUUUAGGUUUACAUAAAAUUUUGGAAAUUAAUAUAAAAGACAAUGGUAUUGAAAAUAUAACAGUUGGAGUGAAUGAAGAAUCUAGUCAAAGUGAGACAGAACCAAACGACGACGAAAGUGUUUCAGGUGGUAUUCCUGAUGCAAAUAUUAAUCAAGAAAUAAUAAAUUAUGUUUAUGAAAAUUUGCUAGCAAAAGAAAUAAACAAUGGAAGUUUAUCGAAUAAUUUGAACUCAAAUGACAAAGUUGUAAACAAAUUAAGGGCAACUCCAAAAAUCGAGCAAUUAUAUGAUAAUGGUGAAAAAAAUGCUUCUUCUAGCACAACAUUGGAAAAAAUUCAUGAAAGAAAUUGUGCUAUAAUAAAAAAAGAUGAAGACAAACUUUCAUUACAGAGCCCCGUUUUAGUUGAAGGGAAAUGCUUCAUAUCAAAUAAUAGCAUUUAUUUUGUUUCAGCGUUUAAUCAAAUACUAAAAAAUUCAUCGAUUGUUAGGGUAAAAUGUGAAUCAAUCAUAUCAACUAAAAGAGCACAAGAAUUGAAUAUAAUUCCUGAAUGGCUUAAAAUAAAACCAGAUGAAAACCAAUCAUUUGUGUUUACAUCAUUAUUAGAUAAAGAAGACACGUAUGAUUCGAUAUCGAAGAUGAUAGAAUACGCAAUGGAUUCAAAACAAAAAUUGGAAGCAAAUUCUACACCAGGCAAGAAAGCACAAACAAAAAAGCAAAAGAACAAUCUAGAUCCAAAUAAAAUAAAACCUUCUUCCGAAUUGUCAGAAAAAGUUUUAAUUAUAAAGGAGAUUGAUCAUAUGAUACCUCUAAAUUUAUAUCCCGAAGAAAUUAAAUUAUUAGAAGAAAAAGAAUUUUAUAGUGAUUUAGAAUAUGCAAGUAGUUUAUAUAUAAAUAAAGAUUUUAAAGAAGUUUAUUAUAACGUAUUUUCGAAAAUUAAUGAUAAAAAUCCAUUUUAUAAAUUUUAUCAACGAAUAGAUCCACAAGGUGUUAAUUAUGACCAGUUUAAUGAAUUAGGUGAUAAUGUAAAAACCCCAUCUGGAUAUUCAUUUAAUUUUAAAUAUAAUGUAUCAUUGGUAAAAGCUAAAAAAAGAGUAUAUGGAUUACCUGCAAGAGCAGAUAUUAAUGAAACUGUUAAAUUAUUUUUUUUUGAUAAUUGUAUAAUUUUACAAACACAAAUUAACUUUAUAUCUAAAAUUCCACUUCUUAAAUCUUUUCGCGCCAUCGUAACAGCUGUUUUACACAAUGUUCCUAGUGAAGACGAUAGCGGAAAAUAUGCUGCACAGAUAGACAUGUUGUAUGGUGCAUAUAUUUUUAAAUCCACAUAUUUCGAAAAUUUUAUAAUAAGUAACCUUUUACCAUUAUUAAAUUCGAUUUGUUUAAGAUUUAAGGUAUGCGUAAGUGAAUGUGUAAGGGAUAUAUAUAAGGAAAAGGCCUUGCGUGGAAUUGGCAUUGAUAUUAGUAAUAUAAACAAUAUUUUUAGAACCUCCAGUAAUAGCAGUAUCAGUAAAUGUGGUGCUAGUAGUGUUACAAAUAAUGAAAAAUCCAGACAGCCUGAUGUUAAAAAUAAGACACUAACUGGAUUCAAAAAUCAAAUAAUAAAUCCACGAAAUAAUAAAAUAAUCAUAAAAAUGAAACACAUUAAAAAUAUCCUAAGCAAUUACAUAAGCGAAGCAAUGUAUAUGAAUCCCACGGUGAUGAUUUCCAACAAAAUCGCAAACUUUACCUCCACGUCUUUAACAAUAUUGAUGUACAUUUAUAUGAACUAUAUUAAAAAUCAAGGAAAUUCAUCAUAA